AUGCCUUACGUAUCUGCUGCUCGCUACGGCAAGGACAAUGUCCGCGUCUGCAAGGUCGACCGCGAUUCUUCUACGGGUGUUCAGACCGUCACAGAGAUGACCGUCUGCUGUCUCCUCGAGGGCGAGAUUGAGACCUCGUACACCCAGGCCGAUAACAGUGUCGUUGUUGCCACAGACUCUAUCAAGAACACCAUCUACAUUACCGCCAAGGAGAAUCCUGUCAACCCCCCUGAGCUGUACGCCUCAAUCCUCGGCAGCCACUUUAUUGAAAAGUACAAGCACAUCCACGUUGCCAAUGUUAGCGUCAAGACUGUUCGCUGGGCGCGUCUUGAUGUUGAUGGCAAGCCUCAUCCUCACAGCUUUUUCAAGGACGGCGAGGAGACCCGAAAUGUCGAGGUCCGGGUCAGCCGACAGGAAGGCAUUGAAAUCAAGAGCUCUCUCGUUGGUUUGACCGUUCUCAAGAGCACCGGUUCCGCUUUCCAUGGCUUUGUCCGUGACGAGUACACAACGCUUCCUGAGACAUGGGACCGUAUCUUCUCAACGGAUGUUGAUGCUACCUGGAAGUGGAAGAAGUUCGAUUCUGUUGAUGCUGUUAAGCAAUUUGCUCCCAGGUUCGACACCGCGCGUGAGGCGGCACGCAACAUCACCCUCAAAACCUUUGCCGAAGACGCGAGUGCUAGUGUACAAGCCACCAUGUACAAGAUGUCGGACCUUAUCCUCGAAUCUGUACCUGAAGUCGCGACAGUCACUUAUUCACUACCUAACAAGCAUUACUUUGAGAUUGACCUUAGCUGGCAUAAGGGAAUCAAGAACACAGGCAAGGACGCCGAGGUCUAUGCUCCUCAGUCCGGCCCCAAUGGUCUCAUCAAGUGCGAGGUCUCUCGAGACAAUCUGCAAUCAAAGCUUUAA